AUGGACCCCGAACGGCUCAUCCAGUGUCCUUAUGAUAAGAACCAUCAGGUUAGAGCCUGCAGAUUUCCCUACCAUUUGGUGAAGUGCAGACAGAACAACCAGAAGAUUGCCAAGGAAUUAGUCGCAUGCCCUUACAAUGCCCGUCACAGAGUCCCUCGGCAGGAACUCAACAUGCAUAUGUCCGUUUGUGAGAACAAAGUGUCUCCAGAGUUGGAGGGAGUCAGGUGGGGUACUAACAAUAGAACCAAAGAAGCUACUGCCUGGCAGUGUCCCCCGUCACAAGAAGACUGGGAGGCAGAUGCUGAUGAGGCUCCUGCUCCUCCUUUUAUAUUUGGCACCAGGGCCUACGUGAGGAUCAACCAGGAGCAGUAA